AUGCUAAGUUUUCCGCAGUGCCCGAGACUGAAGAAUAUGGGACUUCUAGUCAUCGCCGUGGAGGAAGGAACGCAAGGGGGAGAAAACCAUUCAUCAAAAACUAGAGGUACCCAAAGGAAGACAGUGACACCAGCAAGGCGAAGGAAGGGCAAAGCGACGGGUCAAACAAUCAAUACACCACCAAAUCCUCAACAAAACAUCUUCGACAGAGACUUCCCGCCGUUCGUCGUAGAAGAGAUCGGACAAGGUGACUGCGAAGACGAUGAGCCCGAAUUUACGGAUUUCGAGGUAUUGGAGGAUGAGGACGGAUUGAUGGAGCUGGGACUUCGUGAGUGCGAUCUUCUCGACGGAGCUGAACAUGCUUUCCUGUGAGAAAAGCGGGAUGAUGUCGAGGAAUUGUGACGAAGAGCGGAAAAAAAUAUAUGGGAAAUGAAAGAAAGGACCACAUAAAAUAUUUUAAGGAGUUACAUAACAUAUGAAAGAUUUAAUAUGACCUAUGCCGCUGUGAAUGUCUUUAUAGAAAUAUCACCUCGAUAUUUUAUUUUUUGUACGAGGCUCGCUGGUACCUGCCUCAUUGUUUUACCAUAAUAAUAGGAUGUUUUAUAGAUACUUUGCGUAGAAAUACCUUGAAUUA